ACAGACCAUACAAAAUAUCAAACCAUAAUAAUGAUAUUGGCACCGGAUCUGAUACGAAUUCCCAAAACUCGGAAUUCAGUAGGAACAAAUCGAAGUCAAAACGCCUAAGCUCGAAAUUCAGUAGGAACACAUCGAAUUCAGAAUUCCUAAGCUCGAGAUCCAGUAGGAAGAUAUCUGUGUCAAAAUCUCAAAAUCAAUUAUCCUCGAAACGUUUCCUGAACCUACUUGCAUUAAUGGAUGAAAAUUAA